UUCUCUCUAUAUGUAUACAUAUAUAAAAUAUUGAAAAAUGAUCAAGAAAGAAAAGAUGGCCGGCGCAGCCACUGGCACCGGCGGUGAGAAAAUUAACGAGAGAACUCGGGAGAAGGAGAUCAGCGGAUAGACAUCAAAAUUAGUCCAACAAGAAGCAGGCACCACUCUGCUGCCUGGUCAUCUUCCCUGGAGGAGAGACAUAACACCCUAUUAAAAACGUUGGCCAUAUCAUACGGCAUCAUCCAUCCAGUUAUCAUGGAUUUAUUUAUUUAUAUAUAAAACCAUCCUGGGGGCCUCCCUCAGAAUCCGGGGGUCUGCAAAAACUUGGACCCGACCCAACGCCCACUUAAGAGACACGACCCGGAGUAUACCACAUACAUGCGCUCAUCUCCGAGUCUCCAAACUCUAGCCCUACGCUCUUCCGCGGCGAAAACCCACGCCCGCUUGAUAAAAUCCGGAGCCGCCACCGACCCGUACACCUGGAACAACGUCCUUUCUGCCUACUCCCAACGCAACGGCCUCGCGGACGCCCGCAAGCUGUUCGACGAAAUUCCGCAGCGAGAUACCGUCUCCUGGAACGCCCUGAUCGCCGCCCACGUCUCAUCCGGCGCGUACCACCGAUCAUGGGAUCUACUCAGAAAUAUGAUGGCGAAGGGCCUCUCCUUCGACCAGUACACCCUCGGGAGCAUCCUCAAGUCGGUUGCCUCCGCUGGCCAACUCGAAUUUGCCCGCCAGUUGCAUUCCCUCAUCGUAAAGUCGGGCCUCGAUGGCAAUGUGUUCUCGGGGAGCGCACUCGUCGACGUGUACGCGAAAUGUGGAAGGAUGGCAGAAGCUUAUUCGGUUUUCCAGUUUAUGCCGGAGCCGAACACGGUGUCAUGGAAUGCCUUGAUUGCGGGGCAUGCCGGAGUAGGCGAGGCAGACCAUGCCGUCCAGAUGUUCGACCGUAUGGAGAGAGCGGGUCUGAUGCCCGACGAGGCCACAUUUGCUAGCCUACUAACCUUUCUCGACCGAGCUCCUUAUUAUCAGCUGAUGCUUCAAUUGCAUGCUAAGAUCAUAAAGUAUGGCCGAGCGAUAGAUGCAGUCGUCUACAAUGCAGCGAUUACGGCAUACUCGCAAUGUGGGUCGAUAGCAGAUUCCAGAAAGGUUUUUGACAGGAUGGAUGAUAGUAAAGACUUGGUGACAUGGAAUUCUAUGCUUGCAGCCUACGCCAGCUAUGGCUUCACAGAGUAUGCGAUCGAGCUCCUUGUUAGGAUGCAGGAGGCUGGGGUUGUUCAAGAUACGUACACUUUCACCAGUGCGAUCGGUGCUUGUUUCGAGCAUGGCCUACAAGGGAGGGUAUUGCAUGGCUUGGUGAUCAAGAGGGGACUGGAAAGUACAACCCCGGUUUCUAAUGCAUUGAUUGCCAUGUACAUUAGAUCUUGCAAGAAUGGCUUGAUGGAGGAUGCCAUGAGAUGCUUCAAUUUGAUGGAGUUAAGAGAUAGUGUCUCGUGGAAUUCGAUUCUUACUGGAUUUUCUCAGAAUGGUUUAAGCGAGGAAGCAUUGAAGUUCUUCGGUCAGAUCCGAUCAGCAAGUCUCGAGAUCGAUCACUAUGCAUUCUCUGCUGCGCUACGAUCGUGCUCGGACUUGGCGGUCCUUCAACUGGGUCGGCAAGUCCAUGGCCUAGUUUUCAGGUCUGGUUUUGGAUCAAAUGAUUUUGUGGCUAGCUCAUUGAUUUAUAUGUAUUCCAAGUGCGGGGUCAUCGAUGAUGCAAGAAGGUCCUUUGAUGAGUCGCAUAAAGAUAACUCAGUGACAUGGAACUCGAUCAUCUUUGGGUAUUCUCAGCAUGGACGAGGGCGCACGGCCCUCGAUCUCUUCUUCGAGAUGCAAGAACUAGAGGUGGCGCCAGAUCACAUCACUUUUGUGGCUGUAAUUUCAGCAUGCAGUCACAUUGGGUUAGUGGAAGCAGGAUCCAAUUUUCUGUCAUCAAUGGAACCAGUCUAUGGAAUCCCAUUGCGGAUGGAGCAUUAUGCAUGUGGUGUCGAUCUCUUUGGUAGGAAUGGGCAGCUUGAUGAAGCAAAGAAGCUAAUCGAAUCGAUGCCCUUUGAACCAGAUGCCAUGGUGUGGAUGACUCUAUUGGGCGCAUGUAGAAUUCAUGGUGAUAUGGAACUGGCGAGCUAUGUAGCUAAGCGUUUGAUGGCGUUAGAUCCUAGAGAGCAUUCAACUUAUGUCCUCCUUUCAAACAUGUUUUCUGGCUUUGGGAUGUGGGAUGACAGAGCGACCAUUCAGAGGGUGAUGAGGAGCAGAGGGUUGACCAAGGUACCUGGUUGGAGCUGGAUCGAGGUCAAGAAUCGGGUGCACUCAUUCAACGCUGAAGAUAGGUCCCACCCUCAAGCUGAAGAGAUGUAUGAGAGGCUGAGAGAGUUGAUGGAGCAGAUAGAGAUGGCUUCCUCUACCGAAUCUGACAUAUAUCCUCUUGAAUUUGGUUACUAAAGAAUCCAUUCAUAUUGUUCAGCAAGUUUGCUGGAUGAUUUUGGUUAUACCAAUGACAAAUUCUUUUGCUUGAAUGCUCUCUUCUAUCUAAUCACCUGUCACUCAAUGGCAGAUCAAUUUUUAUUCAUCUCCACAUGCAUCAGAAUUCUGAGUUAGAGCUUACUAAGAUAUUGGAGAAUUACAAUGAUUUUUUUUAGUAGAAGACCUAAGUUUUAUAUUGAGGGGUCUGUAACUUGAAGUCGAAUGAAUUGAUGAAAAAUAUGACUAUUGAGAUAAGAGAUCUUAAUCCUUUUCUCAAAACAAGAACUAUAAGAUAUAUUAUGGCCUAUAGAUGAGAAUUUGCCGUAA